ACCUACAGAAGGUAUUCAUCCUCCUUAACUGAUAUGUGGUAGAAAAUAUUUGCUACAGCAGUCUUAAUUGAAAUCUGUUACUGAAAACAGGAGUGUAGCGGACAAUUACAGAAUCUAAAGAUGAUAUAUAAAUCUUAAUCUGAGGACAACGGUUGCUAGUGUCAUUUGCAGUAAAAAACCCAUUAAAAAAAUAGUGCCAGAAAUUGUUCGGAAAUUAAAAAGUUGGAUUUACAUCUGGAAAGCAUGACUUUGCAUUGACAAAAUACAUAAUUACCAAGACGGCUAUCAUUUUUCUCAUUCCAAACAAGAACAUAAAUUCCAAACAGGAAAAGAAAACAAAUGAGUUCUCUUGUUUUAGAAAGCAAAAAUAUAUCAUGGAAAUGUAUAAAUAUUAAAAACCUUUUGAUCCACGACAGGUUACCUGAUAUAAAAUAAAACUACCUGUGUAUUAGCAUUUUAAGAAUAUGUUAAAAAUACAGGAUAAAAUGGGUUUUUUUUUCACAAGAUUUUUAUCAAGAUGAAAACUUAUCAUUAUUUAAAUACAAAUGAUUUUUCAUAAAGGAUAAAGGAUACUGAAAAAAAUUUAAAACAGCUUCAGCAUCAUGCUACUUUCAGAUUUUGAAAUUAUUUUCAAACUAUUUUAAAAUCAGCAAAGACGUGUUAAAAAGAAUAAUCAACAGAAUGUCUUCAACAUCAAGGUCCGUUACCAUCGAGGACUUAAAUGCGGAUGAAGCAGAGCUGUAUUUAGGAGGAACUAUUCUUGUGUGUAUUUUUAGUGUAGUUGGUGUAAUCGGGAAUUUACACGUACUUUUAGUGUACGUAUUUCGUAUGAAGCAAUCAAACCAUCGUGUCUUCAUCAUCUGUUUGGCCGUUCUUGACCUCAUCACAUGCACUGUAGGAAUGCCUUUUGUAAUCGUAAAUUUUCAGAAACCAUUUACAUUUUACUAUACAAGCAUCUGCAAGAUUUUGUCUUUUUACAACUUCUUCAUCUGCAUUUCAUCAGCUGGAGUUUUGAUAAUAAUAUCUGUUGACAGAUACCGCAAAAUCUGUGUUCCACUGGGAAAACAAAUGUCACAGAAAAUGGCAAAAACCAUGUGUUUUGUUGCUAUGGGGAUUUCCCUGCUUUUCUCAUGGCCCGCUCUUGUGUUAUACGGCAGUACACCAAUCAAGACCCCUGAACCAGGUAUCAUCGGGCAAGAAUGCAACAUUCUAGAUGAAGUUAAGGACACGUUUUACCCAGUUUACUUCAAUGGAGCCUUACUUGUGGUCUCGUUCAGCAGUUUUGUGGUUCUUGCCGUGUUGUACAGUAUUAUCGGCAAGGCCAUAUGGAAUCAUCACACCUUCAGCAGCAAAGGUGAUGACACUCAAACCGAGGUGACGCAGGUCAAAAUGAGUGACGUUAAGCCUGCAAGUAAGGCAGAGGCAACUUUCCAUUCCGGAAGUUCCGAUUCAAAUGAAUUCAAUAAUCUAACUGAAGAUGAAACAGAGAAAAGUACUGACACAGUUGUCCCUGAAACGAAACCUCAAGUUGACUCAAGACGACGAUCAUCCAGCGUAGGUCAGGCAACAAAAUAUAAACAGCAAAGUGCCCUUCAACGAGCAAGGAGCAAAUUUGACCGCACAAAGCGUACAACUUUGAUGUUACUCUGGAUUACAAUCAUAUUUUUUCUAAGUUAUGUACCUUAUCUGGUUCUACGGAUUGUGUCUUACAUGAACCCUGACUGGUACACAAGCAUGUCUUAUGCUGGAAAAGUUGCAUACAAUACAAUACUAUGGUGUGUUUUUAUAAACAAUAUGGCAAACUGUAUUAUAUAUGGAUUUUGUGACCAGCGUUUUCGGCAAGAAAUGAAACGUGGUUACAGCAAUCUCUGCAGAAGACAUUAAGAAAUUUCAUGUCUACAUUUUUCAGCACUAAAUGUAUCAAACCUGUUUGGACAUGAAUAUUUAAACAUUUUCAUGCAUAGUACCGUUGCAAUAUAUUAUCAACUCAUAUUCAAAUUCAUACCCGAGAUUUUUUUAUUUCUCAGAUUUUCUUCCUUUUUUUCUUUUUCAAAGAAAAAAUAAAUGUCCAUAAGAGGUGUUUUUUUAUUUUUUAAAUAUUACAAACAGUGUCUAAAAUUCAACGAAUUUUGCUGAAUUUAUUUGCAAUGUUUAAAUAACUGAAAAAUGACUAGUUUUAUAAAUGACAUUGAUACUUAAAAUUUUCUGUAACUACAAAGGUUAAAACUUCUAAAAAUCCCUGUCAAUGCAUUAAUUUGUUUUUAUAGUUCAGCUCACAACAUUUGAACAUAUCUGCAAAUUCGUAUUUGUCUGUCAAUUUGUCUUUUAAUGAAAAUUUCAUGUGCAGAAUCUGAGAAACAAAAAAUCAAGGUAUUUUGCCUCACAUGUCAUAUAGAACUUAACAGUUUUAUGUUCAGAAUAGGAUUAUACUGCUUUCAUUAAAAAAUCAUUACAAAUCAAAAUUAUUUCUAUGAAGGUAAUUGCAUUGCCGCCCUUUUUGAUAUCAAUGCAAGAGAAUUCCCAAAUGGUAAAAGACCAAAAUCAUAGAUAUAAUUCAAGCAAGCCUUCUGAGAAGGACAUCAAAGUCAAGUUUUACAUUUUUGUGAAUGAAAACAAUUAUGAGAUUCAAAGGGCACAUUAUUUUUAUCUCAGUUAAUCCGAUGAAAUGAUAUUAAAUACUGUCACAAUGACAAUGAAGUUGGGGCACACAUUUAAUCCAAUCUUAUAUCAUAUUUUGCAAGUUAACAACUGUAUUACAAAAUGUAUUUAUUAAAUAUCUGUAUCUA